AUGUUUUAUACAGAAACUCAAUUCAAUUUAAUCGACAAUAUCGGUUCUAACUCUGAUAACCCGCAGAUAGUGCAUAUAUUAUCACAGCAUUUCUCCAAUAGAGUUUUAGUUCAGUUGAGAUUAAAUGGCGAGUUAGACACGACUUAUUCAGUAACAUGUCAAGAUGUAACUAAAGUUUUACUAUCAGAAGAUAACAAUAGCAUGGAGAAUGAAUAUACCAAUGAUCAUAUGUCAAAUUACCAAAUAGAUACAUUAUUCGGGGAUUCAAAUAACAUGCAAUUGCCUAUAAUGGCAGCACAGAUAUCAGAAUUAUAUAUUAAAAAUAAGUUAAAAGUUUCUGGUAGUGAAUCAUUUAUAAUAAUGUUAUCCUCAAAGUUAUUAAACCGAGAAAAAAUUACUGAUAACAUCUCUUUGUUUGAUAUUUUAUUAAAGAUUUUAACAAACAUUAAGAAUAUGUACUAA